GAUAACGAUUAGUGUUCUCCUUCGGCCAAUAAUAAAUGUGAAAUAAAAGCAUCUCUGUGGGUCAGGGUCGUAGCCUCCGCUGAGCAAGGUACAAGGAUUUCAUCUGCUUCACCCUAAGGCUUCUCAUCGCUCACCAUGGCGAGUGGUUCGUGGGAGGAGUUCUUUGCUGUGCACCUCCCUCCGACUGACUUUGAAGACAACCGGUCGCUGCUGAAGGAGUUCUGUGAACGCCAUGAUCAGUAUGGGAACAAAAUUGCACUUGUUACUUCCGGAGGCACCACAGUGCCGCUCGAGCACAACACGGUUCGCUUCGUGGACAACUUCAGCGCGGGCACGCGAGGAUCGGCCUCUGCCGAGUAUUUCUUGGAGCAAGGAUACGCUGUCAUCUUCAUGCACCGGCAGAAGUCGCUGGAGCCCUUCACUCGGCACUUCAGCGGGCAGAAGCUGCUUGAUAUGCUGGAUAUACAGGAGAGAGGGCCCAAUACUAGCAUUACAGUGAAACCAGACAGCGUAGACGUGUUAGCUCCGAUCCUACUGCGAUACAAAGCAGCGCACGCGGCAGGUGCCAUCUUGCACGUGGCUUUUACCACAGUAUCGGAAUACUUCUGGCUACUGAGAGCUGCUUGCGAGUGCCUGGCCAACCUGGGAGCCAGGGCUGUGCUGUACCUAGCAGCUGCGGUGUCGGACUUCUACGUGCCUAAGGACAGAGUUCCUACCCACAAGAUGCAGUCAGCCAGCGGCGCGCCUAUCAUCCAACUGCACCUGGUGCCCAAGAUGUUGGCUCCUCUGGUUAACCUGUGGGUGCCCGCGGCGUACGUGGUCUCCUUCAAGCUGGAAACUGAUGAGAACCUGCUCAUACCCAAGGCCAGAGCUGCCCUAGACAAGUAUAAGCAUAAGAUGGUCGUAGCAAACCUACUACAGACGCGCCAUCACAGGGUGAUCCUAGUGUCGCCUGAGGCGAGCCAAGAAAUUGUUCUUACUAGAGAAGAAGUACACGCUGGCGUGGACAUCGAGUCGGCGAUCGUGUGCGAGAUCGUUCGCUUGCACAGCGAACAUUUGGCGGGCGCGGGCGAGCGCGCCGACCCGCCGCCGCAGCCGCGCUGAUUGUCGCGCGUCCGCCGCCGCCUCUACCUCACGCCGGAAUAGGUGAGGCA